AGACGAGGCGGGACGGGAGUCACGGGACGGAACGGAACGGGACGGGACGGGACGGCGAUGGGACGAGACGACUGCGCCGUUUCCUAACCGUCGUAAAUAGUGCGUACAGGACUGAGGACACCACCAACACACAUCAUUCAUGACGACGUCGACCACCUCUGUUCAUCGUAAAUAGCAGCGUCAUCGACGGGCAUCCUCCCCGCAUACCUCCCCCCCACUGACAAUAGUGGCAGGCUGGCGCCGGGAGUGUGAGUGCGGGGAGCCACGGCCCAGACGAGCCUUCACCUGCCGCAGAGUACUACUAGCGUCUGGUACUUGCGCCACCGCGCAGGAGAUGGUAGUGACUACUAAGUCUCGGUGCAGCGCGUAGUGGUUCUAAUAGUAACACUGUUUGCUGCUGUUAGUAACAGCUCUGUUCACAACGCAUCAUGAUGGAGCCCGGAUCGGAGCUAUGCCCUGUACCCGUUAUAGACUGGCGCAACUUAGGCAAUGCGGAUGCGGAGUCCCUGUCGCAGCGCGGUCUUAUCAACACGGAAAUCACCCCAGAAUGCGUCCAGAAUUUCGAGAAGCGCCUUCGCCGCUUUCGCCGCCGCCAGUUGCGAAACGUCGCCAGCGAGGCGGCGAUGCAGCUCUCGUCCGUCGUCAGCCAAUGGCGCCACGACGACCGCCUCCGCGAGGCGGCGGCGGAUCGAAUCAUGGAGAUAACGGCGAUCGCGGAGGAAAACCGCAGCGGCGGAGACGGCGGGGAAAUCGGCGGCGGUGGCGGCUGCGGGAAGUGCGGCGAAAGAUCAUGCGGAGGAGGGUGCAGCGGGAGCGGCGGGAGCGGCAGAAGCGGGGGAAGCGGGGGGAGCAGCGGCGGAAGCGGCGGAAGCGGCGGAGGCGGUGGCAGCGGGGAGCCAAAGGGGCUCCGCCAGUCGUGCUCGCUUCCGGAGCUGUGUCCGUUUCCCGCUGUUGACUGGCGCGUUAUUAGAUCGCACCAGUCUCACGGUUCGGAUCACUCCCGCGGCUCGAGCGGGGAGCUGGAGCUGCCUUCGUCUAGUAUCAAUGGCUCCUCCAAUCAUCAGCUUAGUUUCCAACACUACUCCCAACUUACCUCCCCUUUUGAGCAGCCUACUACGAGUAGUAGUAUCUCUUUCAAUCAUCAACUGACCUCCGCUUUGGAGCCGCCUAGUGGUCGCGCCUCCGCGGGCAACUCUCGCGCAAUCCGGGCGACGCUGUCGCACGAGUCGUAUCCGUCGCAUGGGUCAAAUUACUCCCAACUUACCUCCCAGCAACAGCAACAGGAGCAGCAGAGGCAGCAGCAGCAGUACCCGCAGCAGCAGCAGCAGCAGCAGCAGCAGCAGCAGCAGCAGAAGCAGCAGAAGCAGCAGCAGCAGCAGCAGCAGCAGCAGCAGCAGAAGCAGCAGCAGCAGCAGCAGCAGCAGCAGCAGCAGCAGCAGCAGCAGCAGCAGCAGCAGCAGCAGCAGCAGCAGCAGCAGCAGCAGCAGCAGCAGCAGCAGCAGCAGCAGCAGCAGCAGCAGCAGAAGCAGCAGCAGCAGCACCAGCACCAGCAGCAGCAGCAGCAGCAGCAGCAGCAGCAGCAGCAGCAGCAGCAGCAGCAGCAGCAGCAGCAGCAGCAGCAGCAGCAGCAGCAGCAGCAGCAGCAGCAGCAGCAGCAGCAGCAGAAGCAGCAGCAGCAGCAGCAGCACCAGCAGCAGCAGCAGCAGCAGCAGCAGCAGCAGCAGCAGCAGCAGAAGCAGCAGCAGCAGCAGCAGCACCAGCAGCAGCAGCAGCAGCAGCAGCAGCAGCACCAGCACCAGCAGCAGCAGCAGCAGCAGCAGCAGCAGCACCAGCACCAGGGGAUCAGCGUUUUUCCAGUCCCAUUCUUCAACCGCCCGGCGUGCGCGAGCCUCUUCGACGGGCUCUGCGCCAUUCCCAGCGACAGCAGCAGCAGCAGCGAUGUUUUCGCCGACGGGGGUCGGGGAGGAGGGGUUUGGGGAGCGCCAGGCCGGCCGGGGGGAAUCGGGGAGCAGCAGCGGGGGAGUUUGGGGAUUUCCCCAGUCCCGACCGUCAUCCCCCCGGCGUGCGCGAGCCUCUUCGACGGGCUCCGCGCGUUCCCCAGCGACAGCAGCAGCAGCAGCGACGUUUUCGCCGACGGGGGUCGGGGAGGGGGCGUCGACGAUGGGAUCAGUAGCAGGGUUUUCCGCCAACCGGUUUUUCCCGCCGCUGCUGGGAGCGGGGGGGGCGGGGGUACCGGGGGGAGCGGGGGGAGCGGGGGGAGCGGGGCGGAAGCUCGAGUUGGGGAAGAGGCGCAUUUGCGCAACGCGUCGUUUCCCCGCGUUGCGAGCGGAAACGAUGACUGUGACGGCGCGGGAUCUGCGCUGACGACGGGAUGGGGGGGGAACGGGCGCAAUACCGGCGCAGGACGUGAUGGAGGGAGCUCUGCAAGCGGAUCUGCGCGAGGGGGUUCGCAGGGGGGUUCGGGGGGAGACGUGGGUUUGCGGGGAGACGAAGACUCGCGGGGAGACGUGGGUUCGCCCGCGCGGAUCCCUGACGAUCAAGAGGCGGACCGCGCACACACGCGCAGUAGUAACGGAGAGACUAUUAUCGGAGAGACUACUAACGGAGAGAUUACUAACGGAGUCUGCCUUCCCGCGGCACCAUCGUCGUCGCGCCUCCGUCUCCGCCUCCGUUCCCCCUUCACCAUCGCCGUCUCGCGCCGCAGGGCCUUCAGCGAACGGUCGGAUCUGUCUGGUUUGAGACAACGGUCGGAUCUGCCCGCCGCCGCGAACCACGCAUCGUCCCAGUCGCUGUGCAGCGAGCAGCGCCAGGAAUCCGCUGCCGUCGAAUCGCACGGCGGUUCGCACGACGGGUCGCACGGGGGGUCGCACGGCGGUGGCCUGAACGGCGGUGGUUUGCGCGGCGGCGUGCAGCAGCAGGGUCCUCGUCGAGGCCUCGCCGCCGCGCAUUCCCCCGCCAGCGUCACGGACUUUCCGAUGUUCAGCAGCCCGCGCGUCGAUGCGACGCGCUUCGACCCGACGCGUCUCGAUCCGGAGAGAUUAACACCGGCCCAGAACACGUCGAGCAGCCCGGGUGUUAUUUCGACGAGCAGCCCGGGAAUCACGGCGGGCAGUCCGCGUCGCCGCGGGUUGCUGCACUGGCCAUCGCUUCCGGCGUCGUUCUCGAGCACCGCGUCGCGACUCUCGUUCACGUCGCUGCUUUCGCCGUCCUCAGUUACACCCGCGUCGUCGUCUCCGCGUACUGGAGAAUGCGUCGAGGGACGUAGUGGCGUUCAGACCGGUAGUACUGUAACCAGUGGUAUUGUAACCAUUGGUAUUCGCGCUAGGAGUCGUAGCGCGACUGCGGCGUCAGAUUCAGCCGGUCUGCAGCAGUCCGACUUCAAGUCAACCCCUGAAGCCCUUCGCCCGUUGACUGCGCCGAUCGCGGCGACAGCUUCGCUGUCGCAAUCCGUUGCAGAGGGGCAUGCAGAAUCGUCGCCCGUCGCCCGGCGAUCGCCGUCGCUGCUUGGUCGCCUGCACGGGCCACUGGGAUGGAAGGAAGGAAAUUCCUCUCUCUUGAAUCAGCAGGAGCAGCAGCUGCAGCAGCAGCGGCGGCAGGAAUUGUGUAGUUCGGAACAAAACCUGCGGUCGAGAUCGUGCCACGUGCAAUCAUCAACCUCGAGAUCGCCUCGCUUAGGAGCCGCACUCGGGAAAGCUGAGGCGUCGCAAAAGAAUUCGCGAAAACCGACUUCGUUCACUUCGUCGCUCGCGAUUCGGUGCUUGCGACGAUCCGUGUCGCAGCCCGAGCGAGCGGUGGAAGAAGGAAAAAGCUGCGCGCAAAGAGUGGGGGUCGCGGGAUGUGUGGGGGUUGCGGAAAGGGUAGGAGGCGCGGAAAGACCUAGGGGCGGAGGCGGUAGCGCAGAAAACGUCGCAGACGGCUGCGCUCCUGAGACUGCGCGGACGGGGGUUCAGGGACGAGCGGAGAGCGCAAGGGCUGGGGCAGGGGCGGAGAAGUUCGAAGUGUGGGGAAGAGGGGGGUGGGAUGGGGGCAGAACUCUUGAAAGGGGGGAGGCGGAAGGCGCGGAGGGGGAUGGGGAUAGGGCUAAGCCGUCAGCAUGGUGUUCGCGUUUGGAGCAGCCCCAUUUUUCUGCACAAGAUGUGGCUUCUAGUAGCGUGUCUACAGUGCAGCUGAGCAGAAAGGGGAGGGGAGGUGGCAGCGUUUUUGAGAAGAUUUGUGGCCCAGCAGCAUUCCCCUCCUCGCGGUCAAUAAAUCAGAGUGCCUUCCCCUCACGCAGGCUGAGCCUAAGGCGAGCACUCUCGCACCUCUCCCUAUCUUCCUUGGGUCAAUACAAGUCCUAGUAAUAGCGGCAGUGGCAUCAGUAGCGGCUGCUGCAGCAGAAGCCGCUGCCGCCGCGACAACUGCAGAAUUGCAUGUGGCAGUCAGUGGGAAUAACUAUAGCACAGAAUGUAGAUUCAACUGUCGCUGCAAGCACUGGGAGGGCAAACUCUGCCUCACUUUCAACCCUGGCGACCUCGAGGAGGUCCGACUCGCAGAGUUCCAACUUGGGGGUCAAACUCGCUGUGUUCCUGUUGUGCAAGGUCAGCCGAAGACGAGAACGGUCUCAGAUCUCCCUUUCGUCCUUCAGUCACCAGGAGCCUUUCUUGAGCUUCUGAGUCAACUCAAAGCAGAUAUCCCUUUCACCCUUGGUUCACCACGAGCCAUUUUCCAGUGGCUGCAGCUGCUGUAGCAGAAGCUACUGAUAUGGCAUGGCAGCCCAGCAUUGUACUGUAAGCGGCAGUGGGGACAACUUUAGAAGUGAGGGUUGUGGCAGCUGUAGCAGCUCAGCAAAUUUAGGACUUCCUGAUGAAAUGCAGCAAGCAAACUCCAGGCAUGCUGUGUGAAAAUAUUGCCAGAAGCUGGAGGAGUUAUGCAGAGUUUUUGUAGGUAAGCUGCCCCUGUUGCUGCGCCUACUGCGGCCUCACUGCUCCUCCUACCUGCCGCUUGUACUGCUGCUAAUGCUGCACUGACUGCCGCUACGGCUGCUCUCACUGCUGCUACUGGUAUUCUCACUGGUGCUGCUACUAUUCUCACUGAUGCUGGUGCCAUGUGGUCGCAGCUGUGUUUCUGUGGCAGUUAUAGAACUGCAUGUGGAAUUGUAUGCUUGACGAAUAUAAGAAACAAGUACAU